AAAGGUGUUGCAACAAUUGCCGCGGUUGCCAUGGCACAGCGUCAGCGGUUGCACUGAAUCAUGGGGCUUGAAAGAUAAAGGUUACGGUUUGUGGUCUGUGCUAUCGCUGUGUUUACGGGGAUGAUUAAAGGGAAAUAUAUUUAAACGACCAGUCAAUACAGUGUAGUUUCUCAGAGAGCGGAGAGAACAUUUUCAGUUUUAAUUACGGAUAAGUCGGCUAACGCUCGAACUAGCUUGCUACUCCUAGCUAACAUUAGCGGUUUGAAUCUACGAUGAAUCUGGUCCCCGCUAUGAAGUUUAAUCGGAGCGAAACAGUAGUGAAAUAGCUGAAUAAAACGAGCAAACAAGGUAGAGCUCAGUUGGACCAAUUUUUAAAUACAAAAAGGGAAUAAGAAGACAGGUCAGUAUAAUGGUUGUUAAAAAAAACAAAGGAAAAAAGAGGCUAAAAACAGCAGAAAUAACCUGGAUGUGACACAUGGGAUUCAGCACACAUUAUCAGACAGACAGCAUGGAAGAAUCAGAAAAAGCCCCUGAAGCGAUUGAGGACAACCGGAUUCUAAGUCGCCAGUCCCGUCGAAGCACAAAGAAAGAGUCUCGAGCAUCAUCGGGGCGGAGGCACAGAAUGGGAAAAAGUCACAGAGAAGACACGAGUGUCGACAGCAGAUCGAAAGCAACAACCUGCCGAUCCGAUCCAGAUCGAGACCGGAUUUCAGAUGGAGAGGGACGGAGAAGUGACGGGUCACUAUAUUCUGAGGACUACGAGAACGCUACACAGUCGGAACGCUCACUUUCACCUUUCUCCCAGACACUCACUCCAUCUCCGGUGCCACAGAGAGGGCUGCAGGCAAAGCAGAUUUCUAGAAGUCCACCCCACAAGCUACGUGGCGUUGGGCGCUGGAAUGCAUCGCGGCCACAGCGACCUGGAGGCCUUCCCAUCACACAGCACAACCGCAAGGGAAAUCGGUCUCAAAGCAAAGAGUCCACGCUGCCUAAAGACCUGGAUCUGGUGACCAAGCGGAUGCUUUCAGCCCGCCUACUGAAGAUCAAUGAAUUGCGCAACUCCCUUGCUGAACUAAAGCAGCAGAAUGAUGAACUGAAGAAGGAAAAUAGAACUCUCAGACAGCUUCAGGUGCGUCAGGAAAAAGCCCUGCAGCGCUACGACGACACGGAAAGUGAGAUUUCCCAGCUCCUGGCGCGCCACUCCAACGAGAUCCACGUGCUGCGAGAGCGACUGCGGCGCACGCAAGAGCGGGAACGGACAGCCGAGCGGCGGUUGAAGGAGAGCGAGGAGCAGUUGCAUCGGAGCCAAGCCGCUGUCGCGCGACUAAAGAAGCUGGUGGACCAGCAAGAAUUGGGGACCAGAGACGAGCUAAGCCGUAGCUUUGAAGAAGAGAAAACUCGGGCCCAAGAGGCACAACGUAAAGUCAAGGACUUGGAGCGUAGCAUUGAGCUGAGCAACAACAGUUUUCAGAGGCAGCUUGCUGCAGAGAAGAAGAAGACUAUUCAUUCUCAGGAGGAGGUGAAGAGUCUGCAGGAGGAGCUGGACCGACUGACCAAUAAGCUCAAGGAAAAGGAAAGAGAGCUAGAUGCUAAAAAUAUUUACUCCAACCGUUUGGCAAAACCAGCAUUACGGAAAGAUGGCGAAAGUAGUGCAAAGCGGAAACUCACAGUGCUUUACAGCACCAAGGCUGUACAAACUGAAGACAGAACGUCGAGUCAGGAUUUCCCCUCUCCACCCCCAGCCAUCAAUGACACCAACGAGUACGGCGGACAGUCGGCUGGCGAAUACCUGUCUUUGAAGGGUUUUGACAGGGUGGACAAACCAGCAGAGUCGGAGAAGGUUUCUCAAAAAAGCGAUGAACACAAGACGAGAGGGAGGCACGAGGAGGAACUGGUGAGAGAACAGGAGACGCAGCAGAGAGAGGGACUCGACCAGGAGCUGAAUGUCUUCAAAGAGAAGCUGAGCAGAUUGAAAAAUGACAUAAAGAAAGAACAGGAGGGUGAGGAUAGCAAGAAGUCAAAUUCCCUGUUCAGCCAGAAAGAAGACGACAACUACUGGAAGCGUGGCCACGUCCAGGACGAGGUGGCGCGAUGGAACAAGGAAUCUACGUCCAGCCAGCAGGCGACAGAGGAAGCACGUCGAAAGAAAGAGCAGCUGUUGGCUAAGAUGCGAGAAAUAGAUCGUCAAAACCAGGCAGCCCAGGACUCUGUGUUCGAUGAGUCACCUCUUUCUGAAUCCAGAAAAAUUAAUAACAACAUCGCUUCUCCGCAUCCACCUGAAGAGAGAAACCGUAACUUUUCGGUUUUCAACCACACUGAGUCAGAGGAGACAGGAUCGAUGCUGGCUGGAGAUCGAGAAGACGGAAGGAGGAGGCAAAGUGCGGAGCAUGGCGGUUUUACAGCGGGGAGGAGAGCAUUGCGGCCCCAUACCUCCAGUGAUGACUUGGCAUUUGGAAGGUACGCACCUUCGUUCGGACAUUCAGCGUCCCGGGUUUCCCCUGGCUUCCCUCCAGCUCCCCCUAGCGACGACAAAAACUCUGCAUUAGAAGCCAUAGGACUUUUUAAUGUUGGAAUGACGGUAACAGAGAAGGAAACAGAAACAAAAGCAGAGAAAGACAAGAAAUCAAGCCUCAUGGAGCAGCUGUUUGGUGCCCAGACCAUUCCUGCUGGUGACAGUUUCAGUGCUUCCAGUAAAAUGAUGGCACUUAAUAGCCCUCCAACAACCAACGGGGUACGUUCAAGACGGGACGGUUUACAUCGCUUCAGCUCGGGUUCCUCCACACCUCCACCGUCUUCCGGCGUCAUCGACAAGGCUCUAAACGUUGCCGACAGUAAACCUGCCAUCCGUGCCAUCCCCUCCUUCGAUGACGACAUAGAGGAACUCACUUUAUAAAUAAAUAUUUCAAUGGUAGCCAGUGCAUGCAUUCUUUAACCAGUUUAUAACUCAGGUUGAAAUAAUAAUGAUGGAGAGUCGUGUUUUUUUCUCGUUAAAAGGUGCGCAAAACAUUUUUCGUGCAGAACCAGUUCAGAUACAACAUGUCAAAUACAUUGAGUCUGUAUUGACUGCCUACAGUGUCAGUGUCGGCAGUCAAUAAUGAAAUAUAACAGAUAAACUUUGGGGUUACAUGUGGGAUUUCAUUUUAUUCUGUGCAUUAACUGACAUUAUGAGUGGGCCAGCCUUCGCUCAGUCCCACUAGCAGGUCUGAAUGAGUUCUCCUAAACAAAAUUAUUUAAUUUUAUCAUUAUUAUAAUUACUAAUAUACAUCUGUUGUAUAGAUGAAUUUCUAGUCUUUUGAGAGGUUAAAGUAUAAGAUUAUAUAUUUGAACUAGUUAAGACAAUCAGUAUGUUCAUAGUGCUCUUGAGCAUCUCUAAAUGUUUUUAGAGUAUCGGUGUUGUAUGCCAAGCUGUAACAGAAACAUUAUGACUUGUGUUAUGGCUUUCUUUAUCCUGCACUGAUCCCUAUGGCACAGACAAUCAGCACUAGCAUUCUCAUUUUGGUGGAUUUUUAUUCUAUUUUAUUUGUUUGUAUGCAAACUGUCUUGAUCUUGCUAUACUAUAAACUUGUCAGGGACUACAGAUGAAAAUUAGCCCGUUGGCUAAAUCAGGGUCUGUCCAUGGUAACUGAUGUUCAUAUUUAAAUAAA